AUGGCGACCGAAGCUCCAUUGGAACAUGUUUUACCGGAUAAUGUGGUUGUCAUUGUUGGAGGAGGACCAGUUGGCCUAAUCCUGGCCCGCAUUCUUUCUGCGCAUGGCGUCAAAUCGAUCUUGUUCGAACGCAAUGCCACGACGACGAGCUGGCCGAAGAUGGACCUGACAAACGCACGCUCCAUGGAACUUUUCCGACGCCUCGGGCUGGCAGAUGAAUUGCGAAAGCAGGGUGUAGAUUCCCAAAUCGAUCAGGACGUGCUUAUUUCGACUGGUCUGACCAGAGACAGAAUCCUCAGCAAGUGGGAACUUCCAAGCGUUGAUAAAUUCAGAAAGCGUAUCUCUGACAACAACGAUGGCACACAGCCUCAGGAGCCCUGGCAGCGCAUCUCCCAAGCAGUCUUUGAGAAAUGGCUCAAAGCCAUCUGCGAUGAAGACGAUUUAGUCGAUCUCCGCUUUGGAUGGAAGGUAAUUUCAGUUCAGGAGACGCCGCAUCACGUCAGGACUACAGUCUCGAACCCGAAGGGCGAGGAGAUCAGCUUUGUGUCAAAAUAUCUUGCUGGUUGCGACGGCGGCUCCAGUAGAGUCCGCAGAUCGCUCGAGAUCCCGAUCGAAGGAGGUCCAAUUCCGGUGCGGGCGAUCCUCGUGCAUUUCAAGUCGCGAGAUCUCCGUCGUCUACACAAAUUUGGACGCUUUUGGCACAUUUUUCUGACUGAUUCCUCUGGAGGGCUGGGUGGGGCCAUCAUCGCUCAAGAUGAGAUCGAUACCUGGACAACGCACUUAUUCGUGCAUGAGAGCAACCAGGAAGAUAUCGAUUCCAUAAGCUCGGAGGAAGUGGUGUACCGUGUAUUGGGCGGUAUGCACGAGCCUUACCCCAUCACAAUAGACAAAGUGCUGGUGAGAUCAACGUGGCGCCCGAUCAUUGCCGUGACAAAGUCCUGGUCUGGACCCAAUCUCCACGUUUUCCUGGCUGGAGAUGCCGCUCAUCAGAACAUUCCAACUGGUGGCUAUGGCAUGAAUCUCGGCAUUCAAGAUGCUUUUGAUCUAGGUUGGAAACUUGCGGCUGUCAUCAAAGGGAAUGGUGGUCAAGGGCUCCUUCGAUCCUAUGAAGUAGAGCGUAAGCCUGUAGCUCAACGUAAUGUGGCUCACUCUGGAGUUCACUUCCGGGUCCACACCGAGUUGCAGGAACUAUUGACGCGAGAUGGAGCCGACCCUCGUCAUGUUGAUGAGGACACUGACCAAGCCCAUCGCACGCGAUCUAUGGUGCACGACCAUUACCAGCAACACAAUGGCGAGAACCAGGAUUUUGGCAUAGAGAUGGAUUACCGGUACGUCUCCGAUAUCGUCGUGCCUGACGAGUCUGCCCACGUCGAGCCGACAUGGAGCCCUUCUCAGUAUACGCCCACUACAUGGCCAGGAAUUCGUCCACCGCAUGUCUUCUUGAGCAAUGGCACUGCAAUAUUCGAUACUUUCGGCAAGGACUGGACAUUACUGAACUUCGCUGAAGACGAGCGCGACCAAGAACUGUUCACUGAUGCUGCGAAGGCGCUGUCCAUACCACUGUCCAGUGUGGGUUUGGCGAAUGAGAGCCUUGCGAAGAAGCUAUACGAGCGGACCUUGGUGCUCAUCCGCCCAGACCAGCACGUAGCGUGGCGAGGAAACGGUGUUGGCACAGCCGACGAGGCGCGACGUGUGUUAGAACGAGUCAGUGGACGCACAUGA